UCUCCCUGCUGUGCACUGGUGGUUGUUUGCACCCUAGGAGCCAAUACAUGGACAAAGAAAUUUUAUUGUCAAAGGACUAAAUAUCUGAAACAUCCACGCUCUGUUGACCACAUCUUGGCAAGGGCACUCAGCAGGAAGAUGAAGACAAAGAGAUGCAGUAACCCACACCUGGCCUUCCCUGUUGUGAUCAUCCUCUCCCUGUGCCUGCAAAUGAGUGCAAACCACACAGGUUUGCACCUCAGAGAAGAAACCUGGAGUCCCACCAGCCAAAACCUCAGUGGGAGCCAGAGCAGGACAGAAGGAAGCACAGAUUCUCCUCUGAACCUCAAUUUCAGCAGCCAAAUGACUACUUUGGAAACGCAAAGUACCCUGCCAUCCUCCUCCACAACAGCCCAACAUUCAGCAUCUGCCCCUGCCAAAAUACAAAGUACCCUGCCAUCCUUGUCCCCCACAAUGACUCAAAAUUCAACUUCCCCAAGUGCAGUUUCCACCACAGGAGAACUGGGGAAAAGCAGCAAACCCAAGAGCCCAACGACCAAAGAAACCUGUGAAGACAAUAAGCCUCUCAUACUGAUUUGCUUCAUUAUCAUUGCAGUCCUUGUGCUCAUCUGCAUCUCCCUGUUUCUGUCCACAGUCAUAGUAGCCAACAAAAUCUCCUUUCUCAGAAGAGCCCAGCAGGGCAAACGCCGGCCCAGGAGCAAUGGUGACCUCCUGGCCACCACCAGCUUAUGGCCCACGGCAGCAGGGACGUGGCAGAGGAUGCCCAAGGAGACAAGUGGGACUGAGCUGAUGAUGCAGGAGCUGGUGUCAGGGAGGGAUGCUGUGAACCAAAGGAAAACUGAAGGUGAAACUACUGAGAAGCUCACCAGAGCAGGAGAUAAUGAACAAGAAAGCAAAGAACCAUCCCAGCCCCACAAACCCAUUUUAACUCAUUUUGUAGUCGAGAUUUAAUUCACACUCAGGUAAAAAAUCAUCUUUUGCCUUUGUUACACCAUUAAUGUAAGGCAAAAACUUGGAUUUUAAGUAACAACACAAAUUUCCCCCCAAGAAAGCUAAAUCCAGAUUUCAGAGUUUUUCCAUUUACGCCAGUGGGAAUGCUGCAGCCAGGUGUGAAUGCAGA